UUUCAAUAAUGGUAAGUGGAAUUUUUUUUGUUUCCUUUCCAACAGCUGUGCGAAUUUCUUGAUAAAGAUACAUGUGGUUGCACAAAAAGUGCAACCCAUGCAUUCUUCUUCUUCUUUUCUUUCUAGUUUUUAAAUAAAAAUAAAAAAUGGAGUUAUGAAUAAUGGAUUGAGGGUCAUCCUUAUCUUUCUCCCUUUGGGCCGGCAGUGCUUAGUCCAAUAUUGAAGCUUGCAUCUAAUGUGCACUCAAUUGAAUAAUUAUGUUGAUAAUGCAGUUAAUCACUAAGCCAGUGAUUGUUCAGCAUGUGGUAUGAAAAAAUCGAGGUAAAAUUAUCACUGCCAGUUUGGUUGACGUGUCACUUUAAAAGGAUGCCACGUGAUCAAUGAUCAUUUACUUUUUACAUAUAAAAAUGCAAAAAGCUGAAUGCUGUAAAAUUCAAAAUUUCACUACUUCUCCUUAAUAAAAAUUCUGAAUUAUUAUUCCCUUGAUGAGGGAAUAGGUUGAAGUCUAAGGUUGGUGUCAUCUGCUCAAAUAAUUGACAUUUAGGUGCUCAUUUGGGAAACACUUUUCAUUUUAGGGUAUUUCUAUUUCCUUUCCCUUUCAUUUCUUCUCUUUCUAGGUUACGGUGGAAGGCAUAGAACAGAAUAACCAGAUAGCAUCCAGAAUUUUCUCUCUCGUAGAGGGUUGCUUCAAGCUUGCUCCAUAUAAAUAUAUAUAUAUAUAUAUAUAGAGGUAUAUAUAUAUAUUGAGGAGAAAGAUAAUUCAAGGAAACAAUUCCAAUGAUGAGAUAAGUAGAUUAUGAUUAUGAUGAUGGCAAGUUCAAGAGAAGGUCGUCAAGCAAAGCAAGAGGGUGACACCACUAAUAUUGACAAGUUCUCCCAGGCAUCGUCCACUUCAAGACAAUGGUCAGCUUUCAGAAAUCCAAGAAUUGUGAGAGUGUCACGUUCUUUUGGAGGGAAAGAUAGGCAUAGCAAGGUUUGCACCAUAAGAGGGUUGAGGGACAGAAGGAUUAGGCUCUCAGUUCCCACAGCAAUUCAGCUAUAUGAUCUUCAAGACAAACUUGGACUAAGCCAACCAAGCAAAGUGAUAGAUUGGUUGCUUGAAGCCACCAAAUUUGACAUUGACAAGCUCCCUCCACUCCAAUUCCCUCAGGGUUUUGGUCAAUUUCAGCAUCCACAAACCCUACUCCCCUUCCAUGAUUCAAGUGCUGCCUCUCAUCAGCUCUCUCUAGGACCCUUCUGUGAUGCUAGCUCCACAUUUGUGAGGGAUGGGGGGAUUCAAAACCUCAUGGCAAAGUCAAGGUAUUGGGAGAACAUAGAUUCAAUGUCAAGAUUAAGAGGCAAUAAGGAAGCUGAAAAGGGCAAGUGGAUCAAAACAAGUGAGCAAGAGAAUCAUGAUCAAGAUGGUGUUGUUGGAGGUUACAACAGCUUGCAAGUUUCUACUCAGAGGCUUUUCCCAAUGCGUAGUAGUAGUACUACUACUACUACUACUCACUCCCUUUUACCUGGUUUGUUUAACAAUUCCAUGCCAUAUAACUCCUACAACUCUGAGCCUUCUAGUUUGUCUUUAUCUCAAUUUGGAAGCCAUGGAUUGUUCCCUACUCAACAAGUAGAUCCUAAUCCAAGCAGCGGCAACAAUGGUGUGCAAUUCCAAUCUUCUUUUCCAUUACCAUCAUCUGGCUCUCAAUUAUUUUUUGGGUCAUCUUCUGCUACACCAUCAAUGUUCACCACCUAUGCUCCAUUUAUUGCACCCUCAGUGGACACUGAUCCAAGACAGUUCAACCACAUUCAGUUCUUGAACUCAGGUUCUCAUAUCUUGCCUCAUCCUCCUCUCAUUCCAUCUCUUCAUCACUCAUUCAAUUCACAUGUCAGACCCUUCCCAGAAGCACCCUUUAGUUCAAAGCUUUUGGAUUCAAACAGCAGCAACCGUAGCCAGGAAAAUCAUAAGGGUAGCACUUCUUGAAUCUCCUCAGUCACCAUUGUUCCUUCCAAAGACGUUAGAUUGUUGUGGCCCUUAAUGUUGUUGUGCAAAGGAUCAUGUGAGAUGGUAUUCUUCAUAGAAAUCACUCAAGAAGCUAAUGCAGAAUGUAUUUUAUACACUUUCAAGUUUCAAUUACCAAGGUGAGUACAUGCACGUUUGUAGGAAUGGCAAUGCUAGCUAUACAUAUGAGAUUAGUAUAUUUUGUAUUUGAAUCUUUGUGAUUUCAGCUAUACGUACCUUAUUGACAAACCAUUUCUGGGUACAAGUUAGAAUAAGUACCAAGCUAUUAAAUAGAGUUCUCUUUCUUAA